AUGCUGUUCCCCCGACUCACCGCGCUAUCAUGCCUCGUCAACGCCACCUUCUCAACCCAACCUCCACGGCACCUUUGCGACGAGCCUCGAUGCUUCACAGCUGAGCGGGUGGAGGCGGUGAUGUGGCCAUUUGUCCUCAUGACACGACGACCUGCGUUUCCAGAUCGGCAAGUGCCGCCAGCAGAUCCGUCCCCCGAUCUUCCAGCCGCCGACGCCGCCUAG